AUGCCUAUAUGUAUCGAAUGCCGGUUUCCCGUGAGCAACCUGUAUACAACAUACAGCAAAGCUGAUGACAAGGCGCUGGGCAAGGGUGUGCGCUUGACACAAUGUCCGCAGUGUAAGCGGUUUGCGGAUAAAUAUGUCGAGCAUGACUUUGUGGUCCUCUUCAUUGACCUGGUCUUGAUCAAGCCCCAGGUUUACAGACAUCUGCUAUUCAAUCGGCUUGGCAGAGAAGAUGGACGCUUCGAUCCAUCAAUCAUUCGUCUAGGCAUCUUGUUACUGCUAUUCGACGUCUAUCUGACCUGGGCACGCAUCGAGAAAGCCACUUCGGAUUCUCCAUCUCUGCCGCUAUCCCCACCUCCGCCGUUACCUCCCUUGCUAUCUGGCUCAGGGAACAGCUCUGCCCAGGCUCUGAACGGCACCGUCAAUGGUUCCGAUGCUCAGAGUCCACUCGCAGCUCAACCAAUCCUGGUGCAAUACAUCUUCUUUCUAGUCCUUUGCACUCUAGAACAGGCCUCUUUUCACCUACCCAUCCGAGCACUGCUAUCACUACGAUUGCCACCGCCACUUCCCUCCCUGGUGCCAUAUUAUCCGCAUCCAGCACUUAUCAGCACGGCGUUACUGGUUUCAAGCUUUACUAAGCUGUUUCCACUCAUGCUUCUGGUAUGGAACUACGACCUACCGAGCAGCGCCAGUGCCGUCUCGUGGGCAGUCAUCAUCAACAAUGUGGCGGCGCUUGAGAUCUUGCUCGAUUGCGGGUAUGUCAGAGCCGCUGGACUCGCGGCUGUGGGAGCGGUAUGCAGAGCAGGUAUUGGAUGGGUACGUGUAGUACAAAUCUCCUUAUUUUGGCACCGCUGA